CCCUCGCCCGGCCCGGCUCCUCACCAUGCUGGACGGCUUGAAGAUGGAGGAGACUUUGCAGAGCGCCCUGGACCCCACCGUCCCCUUCUCCUCGCUGCUGGGCAGAGCCGCGACGCCCCGCUCCGUGUGCGAGGGGUGCCAGCGGGUCAUCGCCGACCGCUUCCUCCUGCGCCUCAACGACAGCCUGUGGCACGAGCGCUGCGUGCAGUGCACGUCGUGCAAGGAGCCCCUGCACACCACCUGCUUCUACCGCGACAAGAAGCUCUACUGCAAGCUGGACUACGAGAAGUUGUUCGCAGUGAAGUGCGCCGGGUGCCUGGAGAGCAUCGCGCCCAGCGAGCUGGUGAUGCGAGCCCAGCAGAGCGUCUACCACCUGCGCUGCUUCUGCUGCUGCGUCUGCGAGCGGCGGCUGCAGAAGGGCGACGAGUUCGUGCUGAAGGAAGGGCAGCUGCUCUGUAAGGGCGACUACGAGAAGGAGCGUGAGCUGCUGAGCUUGGUGAGCCCGGCUCUGUCGGAUUCCGGUAAAAGUGACGAUGAAGACAGCGUCUGCAAAAUGGGCCCAGCCUCAGCAAAGGGAGCCGAGGAGGGGAAGGACCACAAGCGGCCCAAGCGCCCGCGCACCAUCCUGACCACACAGCAGCGCAGGGCCUUCAAGGCUUCCUUUGAGGUCUCCUCCAAGCCCUGCAGGAAGGUGCGGGAGACACUGGCAGCUGAGACAGGGCUGAGCGUACGCGUGGUGCAGGUCUGGUUCCAGAACCAGAGAGCGAAGAUGAAGAAGCUGGCCAGGAGGCAGCAGCAGCAGCAGCAGGACCAGCAGAACACGCAGCGCCUGAGCUCUGCCCAGCCGAACAGCAGUGGCCCCGGGGGGCUGGAGGGGCUUAUGAAUCCCUACACUGCUCUGCCCCCCCCACAGCAGCUCCUGGGCAUGGAGCAAGUCUACAGCUCCGACCCCUUCCGGCAAGGGCUCACCCCCCCGCAGAUGCCUGGAGACCACAUGCACCCCUAUGGUGCUGAACCCCUCUUCCAUGACAUGGACAGCGAUGAUACCUCACUGAGCAACCUGGGUGACUGCUUCCUUGCCACAGCGGAUGCAGGGCCACUGCAGACAAGGGCGGGGAACCCCAUCGACCACCUGUACUCCAUGCAGAGCUCCUACUUCACCUCCUGAGCGUGGCAGGGCCCUGCAACGGGACGCUGUCCCGCAACAUUUUGCAGCUCGGGAUGCCCAGGGACCCAAUGAGUUUUGGGUUGCAUAGUUUCAUGUUUCUCUUAGGAUCCUAGGGUUAGGGGCAGGCUGGGCAGCUGGCAGGUUGGAAUCAGGUUGCCGUGCAGAUGUAGAAGCCUGGAGAUGUCUCCCCAGGA